CCACCUUGCGUACGGAAACAUGGCGGCCCCUGCGUCGACGGCUGCUCGCUCAGCAUAAACUUCUGUAAAAACUCUUCCUACACUCAGAAAUACUGCAGGACAUUACGCGCGCCUGUAGCGACAGCUCCUGCCUCAGUCGGGCGGGCGGGUUAGCGGCGGGAACGGGGCGAGCGGCGGUCGGUGGAGGCGGGGGAACGGCAGGUUGUGUGCCCGAGCUGGAGUGCCUGCAGUCGGGCUGCAGUAUAGAGAGUUUGGAGCCUCGGAGGGAAAGAGAGCUGAACUCUUCGGAUGCGGAAGUUGCGGGAAGGAGUUUCUGACUGUGAAUAAAAGCCUGUCGGUGUGAGAGAGCGGCUGGGGACGGUGUUGAGCUGAGCAGGGGCUCGGUGUGUGUGUGUUCAGGCACUGCUGUUAGUGAAGUUUCCAGCUGAGGGAACCUGUUGUUAAGCAGCGCUGAGAGUUAACGCUCGCUGAGGCGGAGCAGCAGCAGGGUGAAGUUAGCUAAGCUAGGGGAGCUAAGCUAACUAACGCUAGCUUUCUGUCUGAGACAGACCUAGAGCUGCUGGAUACUUAACCAUAUAUUCUUAACACGUAGUUAACGCUAGAUAUCUAACAUACACAUACAUACAUAAACUCUAACGUUCAGUCGUAGGUAAGUACUGAAAACAUGUCAAAUUUAAUGUUAAGCUGGUAGGAAAAGUCCUGUGAGAUUGGGUUUUAAGUCAGAGUAAUGCAAGAACGUCUUAUAGGUUAGAUGGCUAGCUACGUUAACCAGUUCGUCCCCUCAAUUUAAUUUUUAGUGAAGUUAAAGGCAAAGUUAAACCAUUAAAGAGUUAACUUUCCUGUGAUUUUGGCUCUCAAGCCAAGUCUCCUAAGUGUCACAGUAAUAUUAUCACUUAAUGUAAGUUCAACAGUUUUUCCUCUCAAUUUAAUUUUAGUUUUAGUUAAGUUAAAGUAUUUUAAGGCUAAAGUUAAACAGUUGCACAGUUAACUCAUUUGUGAUUUUGGCUAUCUAGUCAAGUCUGUUAGGAUUUUUUUUUUUGGUGCGGUACACCACAUUAAUAUUAGGGCUUAAUAUAAGUUUAACAGUUAUUCCCCUUGAUUUAAUUUUAGUUUUAGCUAAGUUAAAGUCUGUUAAAGUCCACCAUAGAAAUAUUAGCUAGCCGACUUGUUGUAGCCAGCCUAAGUUGAUCAGUUAAUCUUUCUAAGUCUAUUCAAAGACGUUUUAUAUUUUAGCUAGUUAUCUAAGUCUGUUAAGAUUGCAAAAUACCAAUAUUAGGCCUUGAUGUAAGUUAAAAAUUUCUUCCCCUUGACUUAACUUUAGUUUUAGUUAAAGUAAAGUCUGCUGAAGCCCACCACAGUAAUACUAGCUAGAUCACUUAAUUUGACCAGAUGAUUUGUGGUUUGGCUAUCUAGCCAAUAAAAAAAAAAACAAUCCUUUUAGUUUUUUGGCUAGCUAACUAAGCCUGUUGAAGUCCACCACACUAAUAUCAUUACUUAAUAUGAGUUAACCCUUUAUGUUCUACCCCUUGAGUUAAUUUUGGUUUUAGCUAAUUAGGUUUGAUGAAGUCCACUAAUAUUAGGACUUCUUUAUAAUGAGGUAGCUAGCUAACAUGCUCUUCCCUUGAGGCAUACUUCCAGUUCCUCCCUAUAGACACACAUCCAGUUCCUCACUGGAAAUAGAAAACCAGUUCUUCCAUUGACAUAAUUAGCUAGUCAAUUCCUCCUAAUUCUUCACAGUCAACUACUACUGACUUUUUCUUCCUCAUUUGGUCUGUGAAAUGAUAUUCAGGGUUAAAGUAAAGUUCCAGGUUGCUUGUAUAUUGUUAAUGCCUUAAAAAUAUCUUUUAUAUGGAAAACAAAUGAAAGUAACUCUUAAAUAUAUGCAACUAUCAUUUUAAACCUUUGAACCUACCAUAUCUUUUUAUUACUGCAAUAUAACUGCAAGGUCUCAUACGUUCUCAAACAGUACUGGUUUUCUCCACUUAGUCCUACAUGUGCCUUGUCUCAUGUAUGUGCCUUGAAUGGUACUGUGCACCGUGGUGUUUUAAUCAUAGUGUAAAGGUCCUUUUAAUAUCAAUGUGUGAUCUAAUAAUACCUCAGUGACAGUGCAGAUUUUGGUUGUUUUAGCUCUACGUCUGUAAGCGUUUCUUGAUGAUGCUGAAACUAGUCACCAUUCUACUCAUUAACACUACUGUGCCCAGAAUGUAGGCCUAGUUAUCGUUUCUUCAUUUUAAUGCCUUUAUUUUAUUUUGGAAUGUUUAGUGUUGUGGAACUCUUGACAGUAGCUUAUAUGUAUGUUUUAACAUCUGAACAUCCAUACCUCCAGGCUAGACUUUGAGGAAUGUAAGACUGGGGCAAUCAAUGCAUGAUACGGACAAAAACAUAUCAAGUAUCUGGGUGUGGGGUCUGCCUUACCACUAUAGUGGACACAGAAAAACGUUACAUUGGUGUCAGAAAAGGGACUGGGGAUCUGGAGGUCCUGACGCUCACCCACCAACGCUGCACCUCGCUUGUUCCUUUCCAUCAAAUUCAAUUUUACCUCUCAUCAAGGCAGUGACUAACAUCAGCUGUGCUUCACGGCUACGGCCUGGCAACCUGCCCUUAUGGGGCAGCAGCCAGGGAAGUCUGUUGGGGACCAAAGGAGACCAAGUCUGCCUGCUCUGAACUUCAUCAAGGGUGGCGGGAAGCGGGACUCAUCAAGGCAUGGCGCUCACAACUGCAACGUGUUUACAGUGCAUGAAGCUCUCCAGCGGCCAGAUUUCGACUCCCCUGGUCUGUCUGAGGCGGCACGCUGGAACUCCAAAGAGAACCUGUUGGCGGGACCCAGUGAAAAUGACCCAAAUCUGUUUGUAGCACUGUACGACUUUGUGGCAAGUGGUGACAACACACUCAGCAUAACUAAAGGGGAAAAGCUGCGUGUGCUCGGCUACAAUCACAAUGGGGAGUGGUGCGAGGCGCAGACCAAGAACGGCCAGGGCUGGGUGCCCAGCAACUACAUCACACCGGUCAACAGCCUUGAGAAGCACAGUUGGUACCAUGGACCUGUAUCACGCAACGCUGCUGAAUACCUGCUCAGCAGUGGCAUCAACGGCAGCUUCCUGGUGCGGGAGAGCGAGAGCAGCCCGGGCCAGAGGUCCAUCUCACUGCGGUAUGAGGGCAGAGUCUACCACUACCGCAUCAACACUGCCUCUGAUGGCAAGUUAUACGUGUCCUCGGAGAGCCGCUUCAACACACUGGCUGAGCUGGUGCAUCACCAUUCCACUGUGGCGGACGGGCUCAUCACAACACUACACUACCCAGCACCAAAACGCAACAAGCCCACAAUCUAUGGCGUGUCGCCCAACUACGACAAGUGGGAGAUGGAGCGCACAGACAUUACUAUGAAACACAAGCUGGGCGGAGGCCAGUAUGGUGAAGUGUAUGAGGGAGUCUGGAAGAAGUACAAUCUCACUGUUGCUGUGAAAACACUAAAAGAGGACACAAUGGAGGUAGAAGAAUUCCUCAAGGAGGCUGCUGUCAUGAAAGAAAUCAAACAUCCCAACUUGGUCCAGCUGUUGGGUGUGUGUACGCGGGAGCCUCCCUUCUACAUCAUCACAGAGUUCAUGACUCACGGUAACCUGCUGGACUACCUGCGUGAGUGUAACCGUCAGGAGGUGAAUGCUGUGGUGCUGCUCUACAUGGCCACUCAGAUCUCCUCUGCUAUGGAGUACUUGGAGAAGAAGAACUUCAUCCACAGGGAUUUGGCUGCACGCAAUUGUUUGGUUGGGGAGAACCACUUAGUAAAGGUGGCAGAUUUUGGCUUGAGUCGCUUGAUGACUGGAGACACGUACACAGCUCAUGCUGGAGCAAAGUUUCCUAUUAAAUGGACUGCACCAGAAAGCUUGGCUUACAAUAAGUUUUCUAUCAAGUCAGAUGUCUGGGCUUUCGGAGUUCUGCUGUGGGAGAUUGCCACCUAUGGGAUGUCUCCAUACCCUGGGAUCGAUUUGUCUCAGGUAUAUGAGCUACUAGAGAAAGACUACCGCAUGGACAGACCUGAGGGAUGCCCAGAAAAGGUCUAUGAACUUAUGAGAGCCUGUUGGAAAUGGAACCCAGCAGAGAGGCCUUCCUUUGCAGAGACCCAUCAAGCUUUUGAAACAAUGUUUCAGGAAUCCAGCAUCUUCGACGAGGUGGAGAAAGAAUUGGGUAAAAAGAGUAAGAAGCUGACACUUGGCUCCUUACAGCAAGCUCCAGAGCUCCCCACCAAAACCAGGACACUACGCAGAAACAUGGACAAAGAUGGAGACAGCCCUGAUGCUGCUGAGGCCGAGGUAGCCAUAUCCCCAAUGCUUCCUCGAAAAGAGAGGCCUUUGGUAGAUAGCAACCUAAAUGAAGAUGAUAGGCUGAUCCACAGGGACAAGGCUAAGAGCAGCCUCAACCCCUUCAAUUUAAUCAAGAAGAAGAAGAAAACUGCUCCUGCCCCUCCGAAACGUAGCAGCUCCUUUAAAGAGGACAGGCACCAUGAUCUCAGAGGCCUGGUUACUGAUGCUAGGGACGAUUUCAACAAUGGUUCCCCAACUAAUGACGGCAAUCCAGGGAUUGAUGCGUUAAAGUUCCUCUGUGCCAAUAAUAAUGGAGCUGGUGGCGUCACUAAUGGAGCACCUACAUAUCCUGGUCAGCUCUUCGUUCAACAAUCACGGAAAAAGGUCACGGCAGCAACGUCUUCCAUCAGUGGAAAGAUGGCCACGACACCCCCGGGCGAGGAAGAUUUCAUGUCGUCCAACUCGAAGCGCUUCUUGAGGUCCUCAUCAGCUUCCAGCAUGCCCCCAGGGUCUGACCGUACGGAAUGGAAGUCAGUCACACUUCCCCGUGACCUGCAGCCUCGCCACUUUGAAUCGGGUACUUUCGGGGGAAAGCCAGCCCUUCCCCGGAAGAGAGCAAAUGACCUCAAACCUGAGAGCACUCCACGCGGAGGAACACUAACUCCACCUCCACGCCUGCCCAAGAAGACCGAUGAUGCUUCAGACGAUGUUUUCAAGGACCCGGAAUCUAGUCCAGGAUCAAGCCCCCACACCCUAACCCCAAAGCUGGGUCAUCGAGCACAGACACUGUCGAGUGACAGCUCCAAAACGAGCAUCCUGCAAGCAGAACUUCUCAAGUUCCCUGGCCUUGGGGCCGCUGGGGAAGAGUGUAGAGCUCGCAGACACAAACAACCUCUAGACCUCUCUACCCAGAGGGAGAGGGAUCGGGGCAAGUUUGCAAAACCCAAGCCUGCUCCUCCUCCACCGCCACCUUCAAGCAUGAAGUCUGGAAAGUCUUCGAGGAGCCCCACUCAAGACCUGUCUUCUGAUUCUAAAGUCAAGGAUUCUAAAGGCACUUCUGACAGCACCUCAGUCUCUGGCUCGGUUGAUCAAGGAAGACCCCCCUCAUCUCAGGAAGGCACCAAAAAACUGAACACCUCGAAAGGACAGCAAUCGAGGACCUCUUCUUCAACUUCCCCGACUAAUCCACCACUGGGUGUAGGGCCAGGAUCUCCUGUUGGCGAUCAGGCCUCGGCCACAGCGUUCAUCCCUCUCAUGAAUACUCGCCGCUCCUUGCGGAAAACUCGCCAGCCCACCGAGCGCUUCUCCAGCUCGGCCAUCACGCGGGAGAUGGUGCUGGAGAGCACGGAGCUCUUGCGUGCUGCCAUCAGCAGGAACUCUGAGCAGACGGGCAGUCACAGUGCAGUCUUGGAGGCUGGCAAGAACCUGUCGAAGUAUUGCGUAAGCUACGUGGAGUCCAUACAGCAGAUGAGGAACAAGUUUGCUUUCCGCGAGGCCAUCAACAAGCUGGAGAGCAGCUUGCGGGAGCUGCAGAUCUGCCCUACAGCCACUGGGGGUGCCAACACACCUCAGGACUUCAGCAAGCUCCUCUCCUCUGUCAAGGAGAUUAGUGACAUUGUCCAGAGGUAGCGGAAGUGCCUGAGUUUUACACUUUAUUUGUGUCGUUUUGUUUUAUCAUUGUGGUAACCAGCAGAAUAAUCAUUUCGACGAAGCAAAAAGAUCUGAAGCGGGGGGAGCCUUAUUCUGAAUAGUUCUAUUCAGUUUAUAUACACUAAUCUGACUGAAUUCCCCUCGCAGUGUCGCAAAAGGCUUGUUACUGCUCACAAAUGCAAAGGAACCUAAAUGUCCAUUGGGUUUUGUCCUUAAAGAAUCUUGAAAUAUGAAUGCAAUCCAGUUUGGCCUUUUUUUUUCUUUUUUUUUUCCUAAAAAAAAAAAGAAAAAAAAAAGGUCCAAGCCUGAGUCUUAGUUACUUGAGAACUGUUGGGUCCUUAAUUCCACUUCUUGUUUCUACUACUCUUGUCUUUUCUCUUAAUGUUACUUAGGGAAAUGGAGAGAUUCACUUGCUGUUAACUGCAUGUUCACGUAUGCGUGUGUCUAUUUCGUGCACAUGCGGAGGAAGGUGGAGUGCACACACUCAGUAGCAUCAAUGUUUUGUAUGACUGUAAAGACCAACAUUUGUAUGGAUGGGUUUUUACCACUGUGGCAAGUGGAGGCCUCUAGUGGAUACCUCCAGUAACACACUACAUUCACAACACAGCAGGUUGUCUACAUGCAUUUAUAGCCAAACAGCAAGAGUAUCUCUGGCCUUAAUGUUUUUAUGUGCCUUCUCUUCAAUACCAAUGACAGUAUAAAAAAAAAAGUAAGCCAAACCUCAUAUGCUACAGUGUCUGGUUCCCACUUUUGGGACCAAAAUCCACAUAUGGAAAUCGUUAUGGUUUCAUUUAAGUACACAAUAAACUUCCAUUCUUCCAUGUGGCUGAAACAUGCAGCUCUCCCCUCCUCUGCUCAGACCCUUGUUCCUUUUCUUAGCUUUCCAUCUUUUUUUGUCUUUUGUCUUUCUUGUGGAUGUAAAUGUUGUAAAGGGCUUUGAUGUGUGAUGUGAAUGGUCCCGUGAUGUGAGGAAUGGUUGGUUCGUAUUGAGCCCAGUUUUAAGUAUUAAGGAAUUGUAACACUGUGCCAUGAAGAUUCCAGAUUCAGUGCACUUCUUGUCGCUGUGCCACUGUGUCACUGGCCUAUGGGAACACGUGUGCCUUAAACACUAUACUUACUCUAUUGCUCUAUUGCAGUAGCUCUUAAAGAAUGCCUUCAUCAAUCACGGCAUUGGAUAAAGAAUGACUGACUGAACAUUUAUAAAUAAAUUAUGCAUCUGUCUGCAGUAGCGUGGAUGCAUGUGGCAUGGAUGUCGGAUUCUGAACACUACUGUCUCCAGGAGCUGGAGGACUAGUAAGCAAUACCAGCAACACGAGAACCUGAACUGUCGUAACUGAAUGUUUUGUUUUAUUUUUAUACAAUGUCCUGAAAAGAAAACCAGCCACCACUCAUGAUGUCAUGAUUUCAUAAUGCUCCAGACACCACUCGCAGAACUGCCUAACCAACGGCUUUAAGGAAUAUAAUCACUUUAAAAUCAAGGACGUCCCUCCAGGACCAGUAGCACCAUCACUUGGCUCAUCUUCUGAAAUAUCUUCUCAUUGUUGUUAAUGAUAAGACGGUAAUGGAUUGAUGAUGAUGAGAAAUUGAGCUCUAAGAAUUUAUCUGCUUAACAAACCAAUGAACCUAUGAACCUUCACUGCUAAGUCAGAAACUUGUACUAAAACAUUUGUUUUUGUUUUUAUUCGUAUUGUCGAAAUAAUGCAAUUGUUUUACAGUAUUAGUGUUAGCGUCUCCAACACUUAGCCCUCUGACUGCGAUGCUUGAGGAUGAAGCCAACCACAAGCUGCCUUUGUUUCAACAUGGUACUGCCAAUGUUGACCCCCCCCUUUUUUCCAUUCAUAAAACCAUGCCACUACUCUUCUCUCUUUUGUACGCGAGCGCCACAGUUUUGUACACUAAUAUGCUCGCCUUUGUAAAUACACUUUUCUUACUCUUUUCUCUUUCCCUCCCUGUAACCAUGGUGCAAUGUAAAAAAAAAUGUAAAAGCAAUUUUGCUACUUGAACUAUUUUUUGUCAUUUUGACUGUUUUUGUGUGUACAGGAAAAGUCCUUUGAGUUUCAGAUACAAAUAACCAAAGAUGCAUCCAAAGAUUUUUUUUUUUUAAAUAAAAAUGUUUUGGUGAGUUAA